AUGAUGUCCUACCCUUACAGCUUCUCACAGGGUCUGCACCAGCCAUAUAUCCCGACUACAGGCGGCUACCAAGUGCACCCAAUGUACAGUUCCUCUUCGCAAUCGACGCAGAAUCAACUGCGACUUUCUGGCGCUAUCGACUCCGCUCAUGCACGAUCUAGCGCAGGUCUCACAGAAGAUCUACCAUCUUCCGUGAACGAGUUGCAGAGCGAUACAGCGACCAAUUCAACUGACGCCCCAUCGACGCUUCUCUCCAGCUCGGCCGAGGCAGGAAUCGACGCUCUUCCAACUCCGGGAGAAGUCCAGAGCCCAAGUGCGACCAGCGCCAGUUCCUCAGCCCCGAGACCGUCAGCUGGCAGCUCCUCUGGAGCCAUGCCCGGUGCAACGAGCAUGGACGAGUCAGAAACAAGCCCCAAGAACAGCGCAGAAAAUGGGUCCUCGCAAAACAACGGCGAAAACAGCACUCCAUCGGAAGAUGAAAGCGACCCGGUCAAGACCGAAAGCGGCGAAACUUCAUCUGAAUUCGACCCAACGCGAAACUGGCUCACUGCUCAAGGAAGAAAGAAACGAGUUCCUUACACGAAAUUCCAGCUUUUGGAGCUUGAAAAGGAAUUUCAUUUCAACCAGUACCUGAGCAGAGAAAGAAGACUCGAAGUCGCGAAAAAUGUUGGAUUAACUGAUCGCCAAGUCAAAAUCUGGUUCCAGAACAGACGAAUGAAAUGGAAGAAGGAAAGAAAAGAGGAGCGAAAUCGAACUAACGAUAUCAGCCAGCUAAUGCCUCCUGGAAUUCCCGGCCUCCCCCAUCUUAAUCCUCAAGUUCAACUGCCAUUCGACUUCAACCCUCACUACGCACACCACCCGGGACUGCACCAGCAUCCGCACUCCCUCUUCGCCCUGCCGCCGUCCCACUACUUUCAGCAGCAACACCCUCAGUAA